AAUAACGCCAGCUCUUCAGCAACACAACGCCCCCUCUUAGUAGCCAUCUUGAACGCGGGCACGGCGCCGCCAUCUUGGGCGCUGCCCUUCCUCCUCCGGCGAGAACCAAGCCACCCCUGAGCGGGGCGGGCGGGUUUCCUCAGCUACCGCUUGCCCUCACUAAAAAUGGCCGCCGGCACAUCUGACCCUUCUUAAGACGGACGAGGCACUGCUGUGGCCCGGUAGCGGCUCUUUGUGGUCAGGGGGCUGCAGGAAGCGAAGGCACCAAGCAUCCUCCCCGAGGCGCUGCUGUACUGCGACGGCAACGGGGGCAGGUUUCAUGAGUCAGACUGGGCUGUGUGGAGUUUCUUCUGAAGAUGUACAUGCUGGUUGAAAACCGCACAAGUUCCUUUCUUCAUCUGAAGAGGUCACCUGGCAUCAGAUCUUGGUCUGUCUUUGUUGGAAUAGCCUCCAUAGGGUUGGCUGCUGCUUAUUACAGUGCAGACAGCUUGGCAUGGAAGCUCUUCUACAUGGCUGGGUGUUUCUUUGUGGCAGCACAGAAUCUGGAGCAGUGGGAGGAAGCUAUAUUUGAUAAGAACAAGGGAUCAGUCUGCCUAAAAACAUUCAACCUCUACAGAAAAAUACUGACUUUAUCAAAAGGAGGCAAUGAACAAGUGGUGGCUCAACUGCAUGAGAUCAGAGAUGUGGAUGUGGAAGAAGAGACUGUGCGGUAUUUUGGGAAGGGUUACAUGGUUGUGCUACGGUUUAUCACUGGAUUUUCACACCCACUGACUCAGAGCGCUGUUCUGGGCUGCAGAAGUGAUGUGGAAGCAGUUGCCAAGCUCAUUACUAGCUUUCUGGAAUUGGACAGAGUAGCAAGCCAACAAGAUCUCUAUGAGAGCAGUGAAACAGAGGCUAGUGACGCUGAUGAACCACAGGAUGAAUAUUAAUACUGUCAUGAGCUGAAGAAAGCAGAGAUCUUCAAACAUCUGGAAAAUAUGCUGGUUCUUCAGAAAGGAAUUCCUCAGUCUUGACCAGGGCAUUUAUCUACAUAUGCAUUUUCAAUGGGAGGAAUCUGUCUUAGGGCACCUCUUACAGUGCUAAACUGCUUCAAGAUCCACGCUCCCAAUAAUGCCAUUGUAGAGUCCAGAGCAAAUUGUUUUAUUUCUUCCUUUGACUUAGUUCCUGAAUGUGGAGGUUGCUGUCUUCUGAAUUUUGUCAGCUCAUCUAACACAUUUAGGAAUGGUUAUUUAUUAAUGUAUUGGUUUGAAAUUGUUUAUUACUUUUCCAUUAAUGAAGCGGAGAUAGAGAUGAAAACUUCCACUUAUUGCAAACAUCUGCUGCAGGUACAGUAUGUGAAAUACAGAAUAGUUGAACUUGUAAUUCAUAACACAGUGCUUUGAGGUUUUCCUUGAAGUAUUGCGUAUGAUGGAAUAUAUUGCUAAAUUGUUUUUAAGCAGCUUAAUAUAUACAAUAAGGUGAUGCAGGGUAGUGGCACUUUUAUAUUCUCUACUACUGACUUGCCAUUAGAUACUAGUGGGAAUCAAAGUUUGAGUGACUGUCUGGAAUUCUAAACAUCAGGUUGAUCAAUUGAUUGCACUGUCUUCUCUUGGACUUGCCAAGGAGCCAUAAAUAAUAACCACAGAAUGAUCAGGUUGAUCACCCAGUUUUUGACAUGCUCUGACUUAAUCCUGUUCUGUUUAACUUCUGGGCAUAGACUACCCAAAGAUAGAGUAGCCUUAUUCUAGACUUAAACUUCUACUAUUUUAACUGUGUAUUUAGAAAGGAGACGAGCACAUGUUACUUUUAGGUAGGGAAAGGGCUGUCAUACAUUGCAGCCUAGAUUUUUUUUUUUUUAAUAUUUCCUCACUUGAAAUGGUAAAUAACUUUUUUUUUUUUUUUUAAAGAUAGCUGGGAUAUAUCUAAUGUUUCGCUUGUGCCCGUGUCUUACUCGGUACUGUCCUCUGUUCUGACCUGUAGUUUUACAAAUACAUAAAUAUAGACUUUCCAAGGUACUUUUUCCAAGUUAAAGCUACCUCUAAUAGUCAACAUGUUUUGCUGGAACUAAAACUUCCUUGUGCCUAUAUCAACAUGUCAGUACAGUAAGACAAAAGCUGUAAUGAGUUGGAGGUUCCUUCCGCAUGCUAAAAUUGCUUGUAUUAAAGUUGAUCAGCUUGUGUUAGGAGUUGUAUGGUUUUAAGACCUGCCUUAAAAAAAAUGCUUGUAGUACAGUUUCCUCAAGGAGAUCUGAAUGGGCUACCAGGUAACUGAGUGGUCUGCCUUCAUGUUUAGCUAGCAGUUAAAUGUCUUUUAUCAACAGUUUCUUCAGGGCUUAACCUGCCUUUCUGUUUCAAAGCACUCUACCUCUUAAAGUAAAAGCUAUGAAAUGAUUUCAGCAGAAGCUAGAUCACGUAGCAUGUUCCAGCUGUAGGAAACUGUGCACAUGCUUAUCUGACCAAAGACAGGCUGCACCAUGAUUUUGCUUUUGCUUCCAGCCAUUUAUGUCAGCUGUGAGACAGAUGUACUCUUACUGUUGUUGCUUUGAAAGGUUAAUCAAAAGUGUAACAGGGAGAGAGCUGCUUUUGAUGCAGCUCGACUGUGGCACAGAAGCAGGUCUAUCAGUAUAAAACAUGAGAAACUUGUAGUCAUGUUGGUAUCAAAGCAGACCUCUGCAAAUGGAUGUGCUUGUGAAGUCCUCCAAACUGGUUGGCUAAUUCUUUAGCUUUUAAUUUCCACAUUGCUAGGUUUAGGAGGCUGCCAUGUACUAAUGUGGGAAAAUAGGUUGCAGCUAAUUAACCAUAUUUCACCUUUAUUCUAAAGCACAGCUGUAAAACUACAAAUCCUCAAACCUGUUAUAAAAUAAAAAACAGAAUAUAACACUUUAGAGAGAUCUUCAUUUAAAUCCACUCUAAUAUGUACCCCCAGUAAUACUUAAUCUGGAGAGGAGAAUGAGAUUUGGCAUUUGGAAACCUUUUUUCAGCACUCUGUAAAAUGAGCAUCAAGUGUUGUAAGGACUUCCAGGAGUAAAUACUGUAAGAACUGCGUAUGAAUGAUAUAAUGUAAGAGGGCUCUACCUACAGAUACCUGUUUUGUAGCAAGGAUAUCCAGCAGGAGUACACAGUGUGCCUGUGCAUUGCACUUAAUAUUCUGAACCUACAGAUUUGACCAUUAAGUGGAUGCAAUGGACAAAACUGCCUGCAUUUGAUGUUGAUUUCACAGUUUUUUUUAUAUUUCCAUGAGAGGUAAUGUCACAGGGAAAAUACACAACAUGCUUUGGCUUUCCAGAUAAAAACUGUUUUUAUAAAGGCAUUUCUGUUGAUCUAAUGCUAUACUGUAUCACGUGCCCUGCUUCUGCUGAUUUCUUCUGUUCAUCUAGCUUGCUGUGCAUUCUGGAUGUUAGCAUUAUGUACUUAGGUAUUAUGUAAUAUUAUAUAAAGACUAAACCAAAAUGUAAGGAAAACUCAAUUUCCAGAAAGGGGCAAGACCUGCUGUAAGGUAUUAGGUAGCUUGUAAUACGUUCUGUGGAAUAAGUUGCAUUUAUAGCUGAUAUCCAAUGCUCAGCUCCUUUAAGAUGUUCUGCAGUGGUCCUCUCACCCUCUGAUUUCCUAUUUAUACUAGGCAGGCAAGAGAAGAGAGGACUGGAAUUUUGAAGCCCCAGUCUUUCAUUUAGAACAGCUGGUGUGAUCCUCCCUGUACUGUUUGUUUUGCACAUGGCAGCUCUGUUCCCAUAAAAUCUAGAAUGCCAGAAUGGAAUCAUAGAAUGGCUUGGGUUAGAAGGGACCUUAAAAGAUCAUCUGGUUUCAACCCCCCUGCCAUAGGCAGGAAUGAUCUAAAACAGUUUCAAAUGAGAACCUGAAUUCUGUAGACUGCUAAAAACAAAGGGUGACAGAAUUCCUUAAAUGCUGUGGGUUCUGCCUGCAGGCCAUAUGUUGGACACUACGGACCUGAUAUGUACAACUGGGAGCUUAGUAUAUCAUGAAACCAACCUACAGUGCAAGUAAAUGCAACUUGGUCCUUGGAUUCUAUAGGUGAAUGUGUAUCAGUCUGUGUUUCUUGACUGUGUGUUUCUUGAUUCAGGUUUUGAACUGUCUUGGUUAAACGGUUUGUCCUUCGUAGUUGGGAGACGUAGCCAGAUAACCAGAUUUCCAUGUUUUGCAGUAACUGUGCAUGGAAAAAUAACCUGCAAGUUGCAGUUCAAAUGGAUCUGGUUAUAGCAAUGUUUGUGGACUCGUGAAAUAGCUUGAACUGCUCAGAACAGCAGGUGCUAACUCAGGACAGGUUCUGUUCUGGCCUUGCUAUCCUCCAGAAUGCCUCAGCUGCCUCACUCUUUCUAAUUGUCCUCUCAUCUUUUCUUGUCACUGUCAGUGUUUUGUUGAAACCUUUUGUUUUCUCAGCCUCUCUUGGGUCUAGCAUAUAAAAAGGCUCAGUAAAUGUAGCCUUAUGUGUGCCUGAUCUAAAGCUGCGGUACUAAAAGGAGUGAGUAAAAGACUAGUUUUGGCUAGUGUACGCCUAGAACAGUAUUACAAGAGAUGUAUUCAAGCUUUCUGUACCUCAGGAUGUCUAGUAACCUGAGAUCAGGCAGCUGUAGCUCAUAUAUGACUUAAGUACACUUUGGAGUCUGCAUAACAUGUUAUAAAAUCUACCCCACUGCCCCAUAAACCAAACACUUUCUAUAAAUAACGCUUUUCAAUGUAACUAUCAGAAGAACCACUUGGCACCACUUCAGCUUAAACUUGAGUAGCACAUUUUGAAGUUAAUUGUGUGUAUACAGUUGGGAGAGAUUCUGGUCUUAAUAGUCACACUGAACAGAAGCUAGACUUCGUGUUGUACAAAGGGAGAAAGUUGCAUUAUCUAAACUAUGCUCUAAUAUUCCUGUAUUUCCCAAAAUGAGAUGUGCCAGUAACUAGGAUCACUUCUUUGGUUUCAAAGAACAUCAAACUAUGCCAUAUACUAGAAAUGUGACUCUUGUGCUAUAUUCAUGAAGUUACACAAAUAAUAAACCUUAUUAUUUAGGCUGGCUUACAUACUAAAGAAGUGAUAGUUCUGACGCUGUAGUAGGUUGCUGAGGCAGAAAUACUUCUGGAAAAUACUUCGAAAUAGCUUUUUUUACUUUAAUAUGCAAGUAGAAUUUCAGCAAGGCCUUGUAUGUUUGUCUUUUUCUAUUAAAAAUAAAAGUCCAUUGAUAAAAUCAACUUGUUUUA